CCCGCUGUGUUGUGUUUUCUUACUUGCACACACUCUCACCAUGGGCCUUCUGUUUGAACACUCGUCUGAGUAAAUCGAAAUUUUCAUGGUGAUAAAAUCCUCCUGUACCUAGUCCGAGCUUGUCGUAGGAGUUUUGACAGUUGAGCUUCCAUGCUUCGUUGAUGAACAUUUAGUAAACCUUCAGAUCGAAAGAGCACACUCGCAUCCUCACCUGAGUGUGUGACGGGAGGGAGUUGGUAGCCUAUUGUAUUGAAGAGUGGAAUUAGUACACUGUUUGAAAUUCAGUAGUCGAUGCGUCAUGCAACGUCAACUUGUUUGCAAUGGAUUGUUAUGUACAGCAUUUUAUCAACCAUGUCGCGAUGGUAAAGGUAAGAUCGCACUGGUAAACAACUGACAGCAAAGUGUGUCUUUUCGAUUCGGAAAACUAUGUUUCAACAAGAUGGACAACUAUUCGGCAACAGGGGAUCCGUUUACUAGUAGUAUCAUAGAGAAUGCUACUACAAACAACAAUGACACAAACUUGGGACGUUUUGACAUUGAGAUGUCAAAAGAGACUGUCAUUUGGAAUAUCUUGUUCUACUCCAUCAUUGGUCCCAUAGCACUCGCCGGGAAUACGCUGUCUGUUUUCGUCUCUCAUCGAAUUCUCACAUAUCGGGAGAGCAUUCCUGAUAUGAUUACAGGAACCCUGGCUGCAUUUGAUCUACUGAACAUUGUAUCUGUACAUACUCCAACAAUCAUUUCAAUGGCUAACAAAAAGUGGACCGGUGGAACUUACGUUUGCUCCUACCAGUAUUUCAUGGCGUGGUCGUGCCUCAAAACUUCUUUCUUCAUUAUCUUAUUACUCACAAUAGAUCGCUAUAUCGCCUUGACCAAACCUUUCUACUACCGAGGCAAGGUGACCAUUCGCAAAAUGAAGAUUGCCAUUUUUGCCUUGGUGCUCUUUAGUUUUGGGAGUACGUCUGUUACUAUAAUAUGGUUCUCAGACGAGAUUGCCCUCUUGCCAAACUGGUACCUAUGCAUGAACUCAUGGGGCACAGCCAGCCAGUACUACAGCUAUAUUCUAGCCUUUUAUGGGUUGACUUUCAUUUUAGGUGUAGUAGUGUUUAAUGUCUGUAAUAUAGGAAUAGUGUAUUCACUGAUGAGACACAACAAGAAAACACAGAAGAUGAGAUUGCGAGUGCUAUCAGAGGCCCAGGACCGACGGGAGAGGCGAGUGGCCAAGAUCAUUGAAUCGCUGUCUGUAGUCUUCAUGCUGUUUUGGAUGCCUUACUUGGUAUUCAUCGUGCUGAACCAGUAUGGCGUGUUUUACAACGAGUUAAUGGAGGAUUUGUCGAUCCGUGUGUUAUUCACAAACACUAUACUCAACCCUGCUAUUUAUGGCUUGUUCAACAAAACUUACCGUCAUGGCUACAUUUACUUUGUCAGAAGGCUUCUGUACUUCGCCCUCUGUAGACUGAUUAAAAAACCAAAAGCGUGGUUUGGUAAAGAGAACAAGAUCCGAAGAAGACCAGCCCGGAAGCUGAAGGCUGACCCAAACAAAAAGAUCCUGUAUCUCCGAAGGUCCUAUCUACAGCAUCGCUACGCAAGAAAGACUCGUUCCCUCUCCUCUGGUCUAAAACCACCGCUAAACAACGGUUUCGAUCUUCCCCAUGAGCUUAUCCAGUCCACGGAUGGAGAUCUCGAACUCGCUUCAAAUAACAUCUCAGACUCAAACCUCAACUCAACUUACAUGGAUUCUCAUGACCACACUGGACUCGAUAAUACUGGCUUCAUGUUGGAUUCAGGAGUGGACACAGAUCAAAUGGCUUCUCAAGUGUUUACAAUAAGCGAGCGGGGUAUCGGGAUAGCGAAAGAAAAGCAGAGAGACUGUUCAUGUACUCAUAAAUAUAUCAACGGAAAAAGCGCAAUUGUUGACUCAUUAACAUCCGAAUACCAAGAAAUGAAUCCAAAUGAUUUGAAUUUUACGACAGAGUCAACUUGGCUUUGAAACUGCCAAUUGCUAAGUCUUCAAAGACCUGCCUUGAGCAGAAAAAGUAGCUAAGCGCAACAAAAGUUUGCUUACCAGAUUAAGGUUACCAGCUAAAUUACCAUGUCACGGUGUGCAAUUUAUGACUGGUAUCCUGCUCAUUUCUGCUUAUCAGAACUUAUUAUUUUGUGCUUAACAGAUUAGUAGAACACCAGUCAUUAUUGAGCAUGUAAAAUGGUGUUUUAGCUGGUAACUUUAUUCUGGUAAGCAUGUCGUUGUUGUGCUUAGCUACACUCUGCAGCUCUAAGAAGCCAGCCCCAACUCUCACGAGAUACAUGUAGUUGAUGCAAACGAGCCGUUUCGCUUACACUGCUACAGAAAUUUAACGACUUGUUCAAGAGUCUAUGUUAAUCCCAUUUAUUUCGGUGAGAGCUUUUUCAGAAAACCCUAUAUACAGGGUUGUUGUUGAGUUUAAUAUCUUAUAAACAUUGUUAUUGCCAAAUUAAACUAGUUUAUUUUGGUUUUUACCCAUUUAAUAUUUUAUUCUACAACUCGGUACUUUCCCGAGCACUGUGAACAAAGUUACAGGAAUAUUACGUGGGUGGGAUUCGAACCCCCGACCUUUGAAAUUCUAGAGCAGUGUCGUACCAAUUUAGACGACCGGGUACUGCAACGAUUUAAUAGAUGGAAAUUUGCAUCGUGUGAUACAAGGAAUAUUAAUUUUGUAAUUCAAACGUUUUUGAUCCAGAUUAAUAUUUAAGACAAUGGACGUAUUGGUAAUUGUCAAAGACUAGCCUUCACAGUUGGUGUAUCUCAACAUAUGCACAAAAUAACAAACCUGUGAA